UAAUUCGAGUGGUAUUUUAUUUACUUAUAAAUAAAUUUUUGAAAAAAUCUCAAUAUUAUUUUUGUUAUAUUUGAAAGCAUUGAAUCCUGAAUUUAGAAUUAAAAAAAAUAAUUUUAAAAUGUAAAUUAAAUUUUUUUUUUUUUUUUUUUUCUUUUCAAUUUUAAUGUCCGAACGUCAAUUCAAUGUUGGGAGCAUUGAUUCCAGACUAGAAACACCUCUAACCUUUUAGUAUAUCAUUGCUUGAGAAUAUUAUUUGCCUAAAUUGGGCAAAUGUGAGACUCCUAUUAAACUUUCUUUUCAAUCCAUUUUUUAGUAUUCACAGACACAUAUUUAAUUAUAUAUAUAUAUAUAUAUAUAUUAUAUCUUUCUUAUAAUCAACAAUAACAGACUUGUGUUAUCAUUAGCUUGUGAUUUUUGUGUCUUGCCAAAGAUGUUUAUAUUGAGGACAUACUGGAAACAUAGGGAAGGUAGAACAAGAACCCCUCUUCCCUAGUAUUGUAGUAGAACAGGAAAAUAUGUGUGUGCUGAUAAUGGUAGUGAGAAUAUGUCCAACAAAAGAGAUAAAGGAGUUUGAUUUGCAGCGGUGAAAGGUGAUUAUUUUGAUCUAUCCGAAGAUUACAUAUGUGAAGGCGAAUGUAUGAUAUGUAUCCUCUUUUCCAGAAUGCAUACAAACUGUUCGACGGAAUUACCCAGAGACACCCUUUUAAACGAAAUUCCAUAUUUUGUUUGGCUCAUAGUACAUUGUGUAGAACCCAUUCAUAUUUCGGAGACCCGACUGAGUUGUUCGCUGAAAAUGAGAAGAUAGUAUCUUGGACGUCAAAAAUAUCUGGGUUGGUGAGGCGAAAUAAGCCAGAAGAUGCCAUUGCUUUGUUCAAGACUAUGCUUAUGAAGCAGCAGAGGCCGAACUACGUGACAAUUUUGAGCGUGAUACGGGCAGUUGGUUUAUUGAGUUGGAAAAAUAUGAUAAAGGAAAUGCAUGGGUUGGCGAUCAAAAUGGGGUGUGAGUCAGAAACAACAGUGGUAACAGCCCUUCUUGGCAUAUAUUCUACACGGGAUAUGGAAAUAGUCUGGAAGCUGUUUGAUCAGACAGACAAGAAGGAUGUAGUUUUAUGGAGUGCAAUGGUUUCGGCCUGUGUGAGGAAUGAGCAGUACAUGGAAGCGUUUAAGUUUCUAAGAGAAAUGCAAUUUCAUGGUGUACAGCCAAACCACGUGAGCUUGGUAAGUAUACUACCUGCUUGUGCUGAUCUUGCUGCUUUGUCAUUUGGCAAACAGAUACACGGGUUCUCUAUAAAGAGGCUGUUACAUUCCCUUACCAAUGUUCAGAACUCACUUGUAGAUAUGUAUGCAAAAUGUGGGAAUUUGGAGGCAUCCAUUCGAGUAUUUAAUAAGAUCGUGAAUAAGGAUCUCAUCUCUUGGAGGACUAUGAUUCGUGGGUGUGUCGAGAAUGAGAGCCCAAGAAUAGCAUUGACUAUGUUUUCCAAUAUGCGAACUUAUUGUUUUGAACUAGAUGAGACUAUAAUCCGGGAUGCAAUCGCAGCAUCUAUACAAGCGGCAGACCUUAAUUUUGGACUGGGAUAUCAUUGCUUCAUGCUAAAAAGUGGAUUUCUGGCUUUUGUUUCCGUAGUGACUGCACUCCUUCAAAUGUAUGCUAAAUUUGGCAGAGUUGAGUUAGCCAUGAUUUUAUUUAAUCAGAUCCAUCAGAAAGAUCUGAUUGCCUGGACUGCAAUGAUCUCAGCUUAUGCUCAAAGUGGACAUCCUGGUAAUGCAUUGGAUACUUACCGACAGAUGAAAGCAACAAACGAGAUACCUAAUGAGAUCACUUUUGUUAGUCUAUUGCAAGCUUGCUCUUCAAUGGAUGCUGAAGAGCUCGGGGAAAGCAUCCAUGGUCAUGUAACUAAAGCUGGUUAUUCAUCUAAUGCAUUUUUAACAUCAGCACUGAUUGAUUUCUACUGCAAAUUUGGAAGGAUAAAGCAAGGAAAGGCUAUUUUUGAUGAUAUUCCUGUCAAAGAUCUUAUAUGCUGGAGUUCAAUGAUUAACGGAUAUGGGAUAAAUGGGUGUGGAAGCGAGGCUCUAGAAACUUUGUCAAAUAUGUUGGAUUGUGGGAUAAAGCCCAAUGAUAUUGUUUUUAUUUCUGUUCUAUCUGCUUGUAGUCACUGUGGGCUAGAAUAUGAGGGAUGGAACUGGUUUUAUGCUAUGGAAGAGAUAUAUGGCAUUAUGCCUAAACUUGCACACUACGCUUGCAUGGUGGAUUUGCUCAGUCGUCGAGGAAAUAUAGAAGAAGCUCUUGAAUUUGUGAACAAAAUGCCCAUUGCUCCUGAUAAAAGAAUUUGGGGAGCUCUUCUUGCUGGUUGUAGAUUAACUCAUGGGUACAUUGAUAUUGCUGAACUCGUGGCCGAACAACUCAUUGGUUUGGACCCACAAAAUACUAGCUAUUAUGUGAUUUUGUCAAACUUGUAUGCUGACCAAGGUAGAUGGGAGGAUGUGGAGAGGCUGAGAAAAAUGGUGGACAUGAAGGGCUUGAGGAAGGAAUUGGGAUACAGCAUGAUUGAAUCAAAUUUAUGAAUUGUACAUUAUUUACAUUGAUUUGACAUCAUUAGAUUGAUAAUUCAAGUCUCAACAGAUUGCAUGUUGUUGUUUUCACUAAACUUGUAAAAUGUUGGAAAUAAAUUUGUAAAAUUUAUAUUUACUAAAGGAAUGUG